AUGGCGGUCGAUACGGACGUUCUGAUUAUAGGCGCGGGAAUGAGCGGGCUUGGGCUCGCUGUGCAACUCAUCCGGAUGUAUGAUCUUCGUUCUUUUGAGAUUGUGGAGAAGAGCGGGGAUGUGGGUGGGACGUGGAAUGUGAAUACGUAUCCUGGGUGUGGGUGUGAUGUCGCUUCACACUUUUACUCGUAUAGCUUCGCACUGAAUCCAGACUGGAGCCGCAAGUACUCGCACCAAGGCGAGAUCCAGGCGUAUUUCCGGGGCGUGGCAGAGCAGUAUCGGGUCCUUGAGCAUAUAAGGUUUCACUCCACUGUAGAGAAAGCGGUAUGGAAUGAGGAGGAUAAGAUCUGGGAAGUCGAGGUUUUGGAUCUGGAAACGAAGGAGAAGAGCGUCCGGAAGGCGAAGAUUCUAGUGUCGGGCGUGGGAGCCCUGUCUGUGCCCAAGGAAUGCGACAUCCCAGGUGCAGAAACGUACAAAGGACGGUUAUUCCAUUCCGCAAGGUGGGAUCAUGAGUUUGAUUGGGGUGGAAAAGACGUUGUUGUUCUCGGAAACGGCUGCUCCGCCACCCAAUUCGUCCCCAUCCUCUCCAACCCCCCCAACGCAACCCGCACCCUCACCCAAUUCAGCCGCCGCGCUCAAUUCCUCUCGCAGCGCGAAAACCCCGUCUACUCCUCCACCUUCAAAGCCAUCAUGCGCCACGUCCCCCUCGCCAUGCGCCUCUACCGCCUGAAAUUCUACGUUGAUAUGGAACGCGACUACCGCGGUUUCUCCAUCGACUCCGGCCGCGCCAUCCGCCAGGCCCUCGCUAGCGAAAACGAAGCGUAUGUCAAGAGCGUGGCGCCCCCGCGGUACUGGGAUGCGCUUAUCCCGAACACGGAAGUCGGGUGUAAGAGGAAGGUGCUGGAUACGGACUACCUGAAGACGCUGUGGCGGGAGAAUGUCGAGUUGGUGUUUGAUGAUGCUGUGGAAAGGAUUACGGAAACGGGGGUUGUGACGAGGGGAGGGAGAGAGGUUAGGGCGGAUGCGAUUGUUUUGGCGACGGGAUUUGAGACGGUGCAGAUGUUGGUGCCGAUGGAGAUUGUGGGGAGGAAUGGGGUGGAGUUGAGGGAGUAUUGGGAUAAAACCUUCCGCGGCGUCGCACAAGCGUACUUUGGCACUGUUGUGCCGCACUUUCCUAACUUCUUCAUACUGAUGGGUCCGAAUACAGUUACCGGUCAUCUCAGUGUUAUAUACAGCACCGAGUGCCAGAUCAAUUUCAUGUUACGCCUUCUCGAUCCCAUCAUCAAAUCACUGCCGUGGUACCAGUCACAGUCAUUGCUCCCGAGCUUCUUCACCGCGGCGCCAGCAACCGUCGAAGUCAAGUCUGAAGCCGCGGCCGCAGAUUCCCAAUGGACACAAGCCGAAGCAAAGAAGCUAGUCUGGUCAACUGGAUGUGUGAAUUGGGCUGUUGAUCGUAAGACGGGACUUAACCAUAUGAUGUAUCCAGACUGGCAAUUCAUGUUCUGGCUCCGAAGCAUCUUCUGGAAGAAAACCGAUUUCGUAUAUCUGGAUGAGAAAACAGGCAAAGAAGUUCAUCCGCACGCGCGCAAGACGGUACUGCGGCUCAUCACUAUUGCGGCAUUUGCUAGCGGCACUUUUCUAGGAAGACACUGGAUACGAGACUUGCUGCUUCGCAGGCCGCACAACUUCAACCCACGGGCAUGGUUUCAGAGUCUAAAAGCGUAG